AUGAACCAUCAAGAGCAGCAGAUACAGAGUGAAUUCUCAUCUGCAACCCCCAUAGCGAAGCCCAGUGAAGUUCAGAUCUCGAGUCUGAUUGACAGCAUGGAGACACUGGCGGAGACGUCUUGGGACGUUAUCAUUGCAGGGACUGGGCUGGCUCAGUCCUUGUUAGCACUCGCUCUUUCUCGGUCGGGAAAGAAGAUCCUCCACUUGGAUCAGAACCCAUAUUAUGGAGGAUCGGAAGCUGCUUUCAGUCUGGAGGAGGCCCAGGAAUGGAUGAACAGUGUCAACGAACAUCCUGGCCAGUCUCCAUUCGAAGAUGUUAAGGUUUUCACUGCUUCAUCGCAAACCGUUGCUGAAAGCAGCGAUCUGGUGGAAGUCCCACCAGUCGUCCGCCCAAAGCUUGCUGCCAGUCGGGCCUAUACACUAUCUCUCUCUCCAUACUUUCUCUACACCCGCUCACAGCUAAUCUCUAUCCUGAUAUCUUCCAAAGUCUACCGUCAGCUGGAGUUCAUGGCUGUUGGAAGUUGGUGGGUUCACUCUGCAGACCAUACAAAUUCUCAGAUUUCAGAUUUCAGUGACAUUCGCGAUUUUCAUCGCGUACCUGGAAACAGGGAAGAUAUAUUUGCGGAUACCCAUAUCAGUAUGAAAUCUAAGCGAACACUGAUGAAGUUCUUGCGCCAUAUCAGCAAGGUGGAAGAUGAAGAGACAGAUAAUGGAGGCGAGAACUUGUCUAUGUCUUUCGGGGAUUACCUGUCAUCCAAUUUCAGUGUCCCCCAAUAUCUCCAUAAUCCUUUAAUCUCUCUUUCGUUGUCACAACUGUCCUCUCAGGAUACAACUGCUAAUUAUGCUGUUCCGCGGGUCAAGAGACAUCUGGCAUCCAUUGGCGCUCUAGGACCUGGUUUUGGUGCCGUGAUCUCAAAGUAUGGUGGUGGGUCAGAAAUCCUUCAAAUUGCCUGUCGGGCCUCCGCUGUUGGUGGAGGUAUUUAUGCCCUGAAUACGGGAAUCAAGGCUUUCGACGAGACUAGUUCUGAGGCAGAGUAUCCCGUCCAAGUCCAACUUUCUAGCGAGGAGUCUGUUCGGACCAAGUUUGUCUUCGGUUCUGAAUGGGAUCUUGCGCAGAAGCAAUCAUUCCCUUCUUCCAAGAUCGCACGGUCGAUCAGUAUUGUUUCUUCUAAUUUCACAUUCCUCUUUCCCGUCACAGUGGAGGGUAGCCCCGUACCGGCAAGUGCCGUUCUGAUGUUUCCUGGCAAUACGUUGAGUGAUUCUCACACUCCACCGGUGUAUCUACAAGUCCAUUCGAGUGAUACUGGGGAUUGCCCACGACAGCAGAGUAUUAUCUACGGCAGUGUUAAUGUUCCCGGGUCAGAAGGUCAGACACUGAUCAAAUCUGCGGUUGAUCAUCUUCUCAAGGCGGAGGGUCCACAGGCUACCGUCCUGUGGUCCAUAACUUACAACCAGCUUGGUCGUCUCACUAACGGUGGCACUGAUUCUGCCAUCCAAGAAUAUAGACCUCAUGUCUAUAGCUUCCCACCGCCAAGCCUCGAUCUAACUUUCGAGGAUGAGACCAUUGAUCUGGUCAAACAGGCGUGGGUAAAGAUUGUAGGCGAUGAGGUCGACCACGAUGAUUUCAUGAUUUUUGAUGAUCGUGAAGGUGCCUCUGAUGAAUGA